CGGCCGCUCUCCUCCCGCCCUCUCUCCCCUCCGUCCCGCCCGGGUUGCCCGGCUCCCGCAGGCCACCCCGCCGCCCGCGUUCCUAUGGACAGACGCACAGACACCUGCAGGAAAGACACUGCUGAUCCUGUAACAUGGAGGAUUGUCUUCAUACCUCAUCUGAAAAUCUGUCCAAAUUGGUCAGCUGGGCCCACAGCCAUGGGACUAUUUGCAGCCUCAUUCCAAACCUGAAACACUUGCUUUCUGAAGGUUCCCAUGGGAACUUGACAGCAAUGUGGGGCUGUAGUGCUGGCCAUGCUUAUCACUGGCCGCUAACAGCUACUUGCAGAGCUGGGUCCCAAGAGAGGGUCUGUUUCCAGGAUAACAGAAGUUUUAACUCUGAUAGUCCCAGUAUAAUUGGGGUGCCUUCUGAGACACAGACUAGCCCUGUCGAAAGGUACCCUGGAAGACCAGUGAAGGCAAAGCUAGACUGUAACCGGACCAGAGACUCCUGUGAUUUCUCUUACUGCAGUGAGCCUUCUGAACUGGACGAAGCUGUUGAGGAGUAUGAAGAUGACAACACCCUGUUUGACAUGGUUUGUGAGUCUUCUGUUACAGAUGAGGAUAGUGACUUUGAACCCCAAACCCAAAGACCUCAAAGUAUUGCUCGGAAAAGGCCUGGAGUGGUCCCAUCUUCUUUGCAUUCAAGCUCCCAGGCGCAGAUGGUUGACGAAUGCAGCAAUGAUGUCAUCAUCAAGAAAAUCAAACAAGAGAUUCCUGAAGAUUAUUACAUUGUGGCAAAUGCAGAGCUGACUGGAGGGGUAGAUGGACCAGCUCUGUCACUGACACAGAUGGCAAAACCCAAGCCUCAGACUCAUGCUGGUCCCUCCUGUGUAGGGUCUGCUAAGCUGAUUCCCCAUGUUACAUCUGCCAUCAGCACGGAGCUAGACACACAUGGUAUGUCUGCGUCCCCCUCUGUGAUCUCCAGACCAGUUGUCCAGAAGACUGCUAGGGUAUCUCUGGCCUCACCAAACAGAGGACCUCCUGGUGCCCAUGGCACCAGCCAGCAGGUGGCCAUGCAGAUGCCUGUGAGCACAUCCCAUCCUAACAAACAGAUCAGUAUCCCUUUGUCUGCCCUGCAGCUGCCUGGACAGGAUGAGCAAGUUGCUUCUGAAGAAUUCCUGCCACAUCUGCCCAGCCAGGUCUCCUCCUGUGAGGUGUCCCUUUCUCCCUCAGUUAACACAGAGCCAGAAGUGAGCUCCAGUCAGCAGCAACCCCCAGUCGCUCCAACCAUCACCACUGAGGCCACAGCACAGUGCAUACCAGACCAGGAUGAAAGAGCAGCUGAGCUCAGCAGGGAGCAGAACGAGAAAACCAUCCGGAGCACACAGACUGCGCUCCGCAAUUUCCCUUAUUCUACUAAGCUCAACAAAUUUCCUGUAUUUAAUAUUAAUGAUGACUUGAAUGAUCUGUGUACCAGUGCAGUAAGCCCAAAUACCACCAAAGCCACGCGGUACGCCCUGAAUGUGUGGCGAUAUUGGUGCAUGACCAACGGGCUCAAAGAUCACACGGACAUCACCAAGAUCCCUGCAGUGAAGUUGAACGAGCUGCUCGAGAACUUUUAUGUCACCGUUAAGAAGAGUGAUGGUUCAGACUUCCUGGCCACCUCGCUCCAUGCCAUUCGCCGAGGCCUGGAUCGCAUCCUGAAGAAUGCAGGUGUGGGCUUUUCCAUCACGAGCAGCACCUUCAGUUCUUCCACCAAGAAACUCAAGGAGAAGCUGUGGGUGCUGAGCAAGGCAGGGAUGUCAGGUGCCCGUUCUCGCAAUAUCGUCUACUUUUCCCUUUCUGAUGAGGAGGAGAUGUGGCAGGCCGGGUGUCUAGGGGAUGACAGCCCUAUCACUCUGCUGUCCACUGUGGUCAAGUACAACAGCCAAUACCUGAAUAUGCGGACGCUGCAGGAGCACGCAGAUCUGAUGUAUGGUGAUAUUGAGCUGCUCAAAGACCCACAAAACCAGCCCUACUUUGCCCGGACAGACAGUGUCAAGCGGGAGAAUCGGAGCAGUUCCACUAGAGUGUGUCAUGGGAAAAUCUACCAUGAGCAUUCCAGGGGACACAAACAGUGCCCUUACUGCCUUCUGUACAAGUACAUGUACAUCCACCGGCCUCCCACCCAAAUGGAAGCCAAGUCUCCUUUCUAUCUUACUGCCAGAAAGGAGGCCACAGACAUGGGCAGUGUGUGGUACGAGGAGCAGAGGAUGGGACUACGGUCUCUUCGAGGAAUUGUCCCAAACUUAGCCAAGAAGGUCAAGCUGGAAAACUGUGAGAACUUUACUUUCGUCUCAUUUACUCAGGUCUCCAGGAGGCUUGGCUCCCACAGUUGCUGCCAAUGAGCCCUACUGGGUCGAGGCCACUCACUGCCCUGCUCGCCCUCAUAGGUGAGAGCUGCUCAGGCAGCCACAGCCAGCUCUGGAAGCAACCCACAGCUCUGAGGAAGCAGGGGCCGACCGUGCGUGACUUCAGGGUCAGGCUGCUCUCCAUCAGCAUGGCCUGCUAUUCCUGACUCGCAGUUUGUUUUUUAAAUGAAAGUAGAUGAAUCUGAGUAAUUUGGAUUGUUUUAUCCAAAUGUGUAUCACCUUUGUUAAAUGAUAGAAUCUAACACAAUGUAUAAUUGCUACAGACAAGAGUGAGGAAAUUCAUUUUAUCGAGUGCCUUUUUAGCACAGGUUUUCUCAAAAAGAAAAAAACAAAAAAGGAAACUUUAAGUAGUCAUUAAAAAAAUCCCGGUAGCCCAGUAGCUUUAGAAUGUUAUGAAGACUAUACACUUUGUUGAAUUCCAUUCAUAAUAAGGAAUUAGAAAGAGAGAGGCAGACAUGUUAACUAUUUGCAGGAGAAAAAAUGCACUGGACACCUUUUGUUGAUGGAUAACUUGGUUCUGCAGAGCAAGCAGCUUCGUUUGAGGGAAGAUCCUGGAACUGUACUCAGUCAUCUGAUAGGAAGGCAGGGGCUGCACUGACUGCUCUCAGCAGUGAAAGGAACUCAGUCUCUGUAGUCAAUGGGGACAAUUUUAUGAGAAAAGAUUAACGCACCAAAAGGGUGUUUGUGAGAACAAAGUUUCCAGUGAACUAGAUGGCUUUGUAUCAUGAGGGCAUUUCCACUAGUGAAAGAAAAUGGCUUGGGAAAGCCAACUGUGAUCAAAAUGUGAAACCUCUUGAAGCAGAAGUGCCUACGUUUUAUUUCUCAGCACCAUGUGACAGCUCUUUUUAUUUGAACAAUUUUUGGAGUUUUUAAUCUGUUCUCUGUGUCAUACAGUUGUUCUGUCAGCAUAAAGCACUGGAUCUGUGAAACAACUAAAGGUAAUUUUUAGGCUUAGCCAGGAAAAUCCAACAAAACAAGCUGCAAAGAAAACAAAUCCCAAAAUG